AUGACAGACACAAAUUCAAGCAUUGGAAAUUUGGUUCCUAAAGAAAGUGAAGACAAAUCUGCAAGAUUUACAAAUGAAGCAAAAUUACCUUCCCAAUCAGUCUGUAAUAGAUUAGAGGCGUUAAUUUAUUACCCAUCAGAACUCAUUUUAGCUGAAGCAGCAUUGGUAACUUUGCAAAAUGACUAUUACCAAAAAGCUGCAAUAACAGUAUUGAAUAAUACAAUUUCUACAGGUGGAAUAGUUAAUGCUGGUGACCAAGGAGAGCUUGCAUGA